AUGAGAACAAAUGCUGGAUGUCGGAUAACGGAUUACGACAUUGCUGGUUUGGUCAAAGAAGCAUUUAUAAAAGUAGCUCGAUUGGAUAUUGCAGUAUCUGGAUUCAAAUGCACUGGAAUCCAUCCAUUUGACAGACAUUUAUUUUCUGACCUAGAUUAUUUGGCUGCAGAUAUGACCAAUAUACCACUAGAACAAACAGAAACUUCAUCGAACCCACUAAACAACGAACAAGCUGUCGUGAUAUCAAACUCAAUCAUAGAAGAGCAAAUAAAAGAAUCCGAACAAUCUAUUAGUGAGCCUAUAACCACAAGUCCCAAACCGUCGACAAGUUCUGCUCCCGAUCUUGUUCAGAUAAUCCAUAACUUAUCACCGUUGCCUGACGCAGCAAAAAAACGAACAGCAGCUCGAAAAAGAAAGAGUGAACGAAGUGAAAUUUUAACUUCAUCGCCAUACAAAAAAGUGGUAGAAGAAAAAGAAAAUGAAAAGAACAUGAAAGAUAAAAAGAAGGAAAUAAAAUCUAAGUUUGAAGUAGCAAUGAGAGGUAAAGGAAAGCAAACCAAAGGAAUUAAAACCAAAGGAAAGAGCGUAGACAAGGGAAAAGAAGCGACAAACGUGAAACCUAAAGGAAAGAAAGGAAGUGAAGUAGAACCAUUAACUGAAACAUCUAACACAAACAUAACAAUUUGCGUAGUUUGCUUAGAAGACACUGACGAAGACUGGAUCCAGUGCUCAUCCUGUCGUGGAUGGAUACAUGAAGCAUGUGCAGACAUUCCAGAGUGUGGAGAUGACUAUAUAUGUGAUCGAUGCAGGUUAUUUUGA